GCGCAGGAGGUUCCGGUGCGGCCCGCCGCCGCGAGCAGCGCGGCCCUGCUGCCCCGCCCCCGCCAUGGAGGCCGGGCAGGGCCCCGGCGGCGGCCAGGUCGGCGAGCCGGCCGAGAAUUCAGUACCUAAGCCUUAUGUGCCAACAGAGGAGGAAAGACGACUCCUCAAGGAAUGUAGCGAAGAGAGUGCCCGGUAUAGAGCUUUUCCUUUGGCUGCCGUGAGCAUGCUUGCCACUAGUCUCUUAAUUAGGAAAGGUGUUCUAAGAGAUAAUUCAAGAUUUGGCUCUCUUAUUAAAGUUGCCUUUGCUGGAACGUGUGGAUACCUGGCUGGAAAGAUAUCCUACUUGCCAAUCUGUAGCGAGAAAUUUAAGAAACUGAAGGAUUCCCCAAUAGGAGAUGUUCUACGACAAGCUCAGAGACAUAGUUCACAUAACCGUUCCAGUCGGAAAUCUGAGUUUUCAGACAUACCUUCUCAGUCAUUUACUGAAUCUUCCCAGAGACCUGGGUCUCCACUUCCUUCUAGCUAUUCAGAUGAUUAUAGCUCAACAGAUAGAGCUCUCUCUAGUUAUGAACCUGUUCCAUUCAGUGCUUCCCUGAAUGAAUCUUCACCUACAGGAAUUACAGAUUACACUGUUCAAGAUUCUGCUCCAGUUCCAGAAGAAAGUCGUAAAAAGAAAGGCAUCUCAUAUGAGGAAUUAAGAAAUAAACACAGAGAGACAUAUGAGGUAAUGUUACCACCAAAGGCAGAAACUCCAAUCAAGUUUUCACAGGAAAAGCCAGUUAAAGAAGUUAAAGUAAAUAAAUAUGGAGAUACCUGGGAUGAGUAAGAACUGAAUGAAGAACUGAAGAAAAUUACCUUCUGACAGCUAACUUGUGGUUCACCUUUGAUAAUCCUGAUGCACUUUUGGUGUGUUCUGCCAAACACAGUAAUAGUUUUAAUAAAUGAGAAGAAAAUCUUGACUUGUCAGAAGAUUAAGAAAGAUUUAUUUAGGCUUAAUGUUGUGUAAUUUUGCAUAAAUGGGAAGCCAGGCUAAUGUGAAGUGUCAUGAUUUUAAACUGUUUGUGCUGUUGCUUAAGAAGAAUGAGAAGGGUAACUAGCAAUAACUAAAGUUAUAAAUGUAUAGAGAAAGAUAAAAUGUAUGUAAAUAAAUGCAAUCAGAGAUGUACUGGGGAGGGAAAAAUAUCAGAAUCUUCUCAAUUUUUCAAGGCUUGCAUUAAAAGUUACCUGUAGAACUAA